AGACUUGCACAAGUCUUGAAACUGUGGGCAGCUGUACAGUUCUCAUACUGGCUUCUCACAACAAGUGGUCAGUUCUCACUGGGGCCUCUUGGACUUCCAUUUCAAAAAUGGAGAAGACAGAUCACAGCCACUGACUGGGGACUGUGGGAGGUGCCACGUGAUGGUGGGGCACCAUGCCGGGGAGCUGAGCGCUGACCUUCCUGCUGGGUGAUUCUCCACCUCUGCGCUGCUAGAUUUACUUCCUGGAUGCCGUGAAGAUCCUCAGGUAUGAAAAUGAAGUCCCAGGCAACCAUGAUUUGCUGCUUAAUGUUCUUCCUGUCCACAGAAUGUUCCCACUAUAGAUCCAAGAUUCACAUAAAAGCUGGAGAUAAACUUCAAAGGCCUGAAGAGAAACCCAAGUCUGGAAGAAUCCAAGAUAAAUGCCAUGGACCUUGCAUCUCUUCCUCCAACUGCAGCCAGCCCUGUGCUAAGGACUUUCACGGAGAAAUAGGAUUUACGUGUAAUCAAAAAGAGUGGCAAAAAUCAACUGAAACAUGUACAAGCCUUUCUGUGGAAAAACUCUUUCAGGACUCAAGUGUGGAAUCUCGCCUUUCAGUAGCAGCACCAUCUAUACCUCUGCAUGUUCUAGAUUUUCGAGCUCCCGAGACCAUUGAGAGUGUAGCUCAAGGAAUCCGCAAGAACUGUCCCCUUGAUUAUGCCUGCAUCAUCGAUGUUGUGAAAUCAUCAGAAACAACAUCUGGAAAUAUUGCAUUUAUAGUGGAGUUAUUAAAAAAUAUUUCUACAGACUUGUCGGAUAAUGUUACUCAAGAGAAAAUGAAGAGCUAUAAUCAAGUGGCCAACCAUAUCCUUGAUGCAGCAGCUGUUUCAAAUUGGGCUUUUAUUCCCAACAAAAAUGCCAGUUCGGAUUUGUUGCAGUCAGUGAAUUUGUUUGCCAGGCAACUCCACAUCCACAACAAAUCUGAGAACAUUGCGAAUGAACUCUUUAUUCAGACAAAAGGGUUUCACCUCAACCAUAGUACCUCAGAGAAAAGCUUCGAUUUCUCCAUGAGCAUGAACAGUACCGCAGAAGAUAUCUCAGGAAUGGUACAGAUUCCCCAGCAAGAGCUAAGAAAGCUGUGGCCAAAUGCAUCCCAAGCCAUUAGCAUAGCUUUCCCAACCUUGGGGUCUAUCCUGAGAGAAGCCCACUCACAAAAUGUGAGUCUUCCCAGACGGGUCAAUGGUCUGGUCCUGUCAGUGGUUUUGCCAGAAAGGUUGCAAGAAAUAGUACUCACCUUUGAAAAGAUCAAUAAAACCCGCCAUGCCAGAGCCCAGUGUGUUGGCUGGCACUCCAAGAAAAGGAGAUGGGAUGAGAAAGCAUGCAAAAUGAUGCAGGAUGUCAGAAACGAAGUGAAAUGCCGCUGUAACUACACCAGUGCGGUGAUGUCUUUUUCCAUUCUAAUGUCCCCCACAUUGAAGACGGACAAAGUUCUGGACUACAUCACCUGCAUCGGGCUCAGCAUCUCAAUCCUAAGCUUGGUUCUUUGCCUGAUCAUUGAAGCCACGGUGUGGUCCCGGGUAGUUGUGACGGACAUAUCAUACAUGCGUCACGUGUCCAUCGUGAACAUAGCAGUGUCGCUUCUGACUGCCAAUGUGUGUUUUAUCAUAGGCUCUAACUUUCACAAUUUUAUCAUAGGCUCUAACUUUCACAAUGAGGUCCAGGAUUACAACGUGUGUGUUGCCAUGACGUUUUUCAGCCACUUUUUCUACCUCUCUCUGUUUUUCUGGAUGCUCUUCAAAGCACUGCUCAUCAUUUACGGAAUAUUGGUCAUUUUCCGUAGGAUGAUGAAGUCCCGAAUGAUGGUCAUCGGCUUUGCCAUUGGCUAUGGGUGCCCACUGAUCAUUGCUGUCACCACAGUCGCUAUCACAGAGCCAGAGAAAGGCUACGUGAGACCCGAGGCCUGUUGGCUUACCUGGGUCAGUACCAAAGCCCUUUUGGCAUUUGCCAUCCCGGCCUUGGGCAUUGUGGCUGUGAAUCUCAUCGUGGUUUUGGUUGUUGCUGUCAACACUCAGAGGCCCUCUCUUGGCAGUUCCAAGUCUCAGGAUGUGGCCAUAAUUAUGAGGAUCACCAAAAAUGUUGCCAUUCUCACCCCAAUGCUGGGACUGACCUGGGGCUUUGGAAUAGCCACUCUUCUAGAAGACACUCCCUUGACGUUCCACAUCAUUUUUGCCUCGCUCAACGCUUUCCAGGGUUUUUUCAUCCUGCUGUUUGGAACCAUUAUGGAUCACAAGAUAAGAGAUGCUUUGAGGAUGAGGAUGUCUUCACUGCAAGGGAGAUCGAGGGCAGCUGAGAAUGCAUCCCUAAGCCCAACCAAUGGACCUAAAUUAAUGAAUCGUCAAGGAUGAAAUGCUGCCCCAUUUCUCAUGGACGUCCUGGGACCGAGAGGGGAGAUCCAGGAGAAAGGGGAUACAGAAAGCAGGCUGGAGUGAGGAGGAAUGGUCGUGCUUCCCUGGAAGACUUUCUCUUCUUGUCGGGAGUGACUCCCAAGUCUGCUGACUCAGUCUGCUGAAAAAAAAUCGAGGAUUUCAUUUGCUGACUGGGCUUUAAGAAGGGUGAUUUAUGGACCCCUUGAUCUACCUGUGCCCUGCAAGAUGCUGGCUUCUUGGUCACUCUUGGCUAGAUUAAGAGUCAACCUGCAAGCCAUUUUACGGUCUCCGUGGCCAGCUGGGGGCUGUGGCCCUGCUGGGCUCGGUCUGCUUUCACUCCUGAGGCCUGCUCUGUGGCUCCGUGGCUCAGUCCUCAGUCCUCCAUCACUCUGCGUGGAUCCUGGGUGCUUUGGACAAUGAGGGUUAGAUCCAAUUUCAGGGGUAGGGUUGGGGGGUGGGAGUGGGAGUAUAGGGUGGCAGGAGGAACAUUGAGUCUACUUUGGAGACAAGUCAUGGUAUGUUUCCUGAAUGGGGAACAGAAGAAAGUAAGAGAACUGUUUAAUAUGCUGUUUAUUUUAGUCUAUUUUAGACCUUGAGUAAACUAAUUUAGCUUCUAGGA